AUGUCAAGGUCAUGGGUGGCUGAUAGAUCUUCCACAGACCAACAUGACAAUAAUAAGAGAAGUAUCUCACAGAUCGCUAUUAUUCCAACUAAGGGCGAGAUCUGUAGUGAAUUGCCAGAGUAUCUUCCAUCACCUCUUCACUUUUCUCAGCAUCCACUUCAAGGUAUCGAACAAAUUUAUGACACCCAGUUCCGACUCUAUCGGCACGAUAUAUUUGCUGAAGUCAAGCAUACUAUUAAGGAUCUGCUACUAAGAUGUUCUACGGGCGAUACCAGGGGGAGCGAUGAUAACAGCCGAACUAAUAAUUAUCAGAGUGCUCGUGCUUGGGUCUAUCCCUGUGCUACAGUCACCCAAAUACGGUGGACAAAGAGGCGUGGCCUUGAGGCUCAGAUCAAAUUCCAACCUCCGGCAGUCGCUCAGCGGAAGACUACAUCUCAAAGUCGCCGGUGGUGGAAUGUCACGAAGCGGCUCGAGGAAGGGGUGCUGCUCUGUUUGAUAACAUUCCGUGACGGAGAAAGUACGCCCAUGUUCUUCACAGUUUCUGAGAAGAACACAGACUUCCAAAUCGGUGAUAACUUGGUCACUGAAAAUGGACUGGUGAUAUCGGCAAAUCCUAUUGCAACAACGACAGUCCAAGAUUUAAUGACUCUCGCAGUUAGCUUUCAGAGGGCAAACGGCUUGCUCGUAGAGUUUCCAGGCAUCAUCCCGGCGACAUUUGUGCCAGUCCUUGAAAACUUGCAAGAAUUGCUUGUUAGCCGUCGAUCAGCUCUACUGAAGUGGCUCCUCCAACCAGACUUAGGCUCUUCAACCUCUAUGCGGCCUCCUGUCUAUGCUCGUCUUCCUGGAUUCACAUUUGACCUAUCGCCUGUCAUAAGCGAUCCCAGUAUAUCUCUUCGUUUCAAGCCAGGGGCCAACUCUACACAUAUGGAAGAAACUUUAAACCAUUUGACAACACUUGAUGAAGGCCAGUGCAAAGCAUUACUUUCUAGUCUUAGUCGUGAAUUUGCACUCAUACAAGGACCGCCAGGGACUGGGAAAUCUUACGUCGGUACUCAGCUCGUCCGUGUACUUCUCGCCAAUAAAGAAAAUGCUGCUCUAGGUCCUAUCAUUGUAGUCUGCUAUACCAACCAUGCUCUAGAUCAGUUUCUGGAGCAUCUGCUCACUGCUGGAGUCGAGAACGUAGUCCGCAUUGGGGGCAAUGGCACAUCCGGGUUGCUUGAAUCGAAGAAUUUGCGCACCAUCUCCAGGCAGAGUUUCAGAUCCAGGUCACAGUCACACGCAUUGAGCCUCGCCUUCCAGGCAAAAGAGUUUAGCGAACAAAACCUGCUCAACCAUCUGAGGAGCGCCUCUCGCAUUCAAAAUCCUGAUUGGGACUCUUUACAAGACCACUUGAAUCGAAACUAUAUUGAGAUCUAUGAUCAAUUUUUGCUUCCUAUACGAACUAACUCUAAGGCAGGAUCGAAAGUGGCACCGUUCGACUUAUGGUUAGCAGAAUGUGGAAAGGGUUUUGCAGAGCCUAAUACGUCAUUCACGUCAUCCAGGCUCGAAACGGUCUUGUCUUUAGCAAGGGAGAAUGUCUACCAUCUCGAGCUUGAAGAUAGAUCCGCGUUAGUAAAUCAUUGGACGAACGAGAUCACGGGUGAUAUCAUGCGUAAUAUGGCUGAUUCGCUUCGUGACAUUGAGAAUGCACAGACGACUAUAAGUCUCAUACAUGAAGAUAUCGAUCGCCGAAUUUUGGGUACUGCCGACGUCAUUGGACUUACCACAACUGGCUUGGCCAAGAACGCCUCAGUCUUGCGUAGUGUCAACGCCAGGGUAGUUGUGUGUGAGGAAGCUGCCGAGGUUUUGGAAGCACAUAUGCUUGGCACGUUUAUGGCCAGCUUGCAGCACCUUAUCUUGAUCGGAGAUCACGAGCAAUUGAGACCGCAGAUCAGGAAUUAUGACUUGUUCUCUAUUGAGAGCAACCGGGGAAAGCGGUAUCAGCUCGAUCGUAGCCUGUUUGAGCGGUUGGCUGGACAAUCGACUGGGGAGAAUCAAAUUCCCGUCACUCAGCUCAAUAUUCAACGGCGCAUGAGACCCGAGAUCUCUAAGCUGAUUCGAAAUACAUUAUACCCGCGGCUGGUGGACCAUCCGGAUACUAAAACCUUACCUAAUGUACCAGGUAUGAGGAAGAAUGUGUUCUGGUACCAUCAUACGAAUCCAGAAGCAAGCUUUCAACACGAAGUCGAAGGAAUAUCGCACAGCAAUGAUUUUGAGGUACAAAUGACCUCUGCCCUUGUGCGCCACAUUGUCCGACAGGGCGUAUACAAGAGCAGCGAGAUUGUGAUCUUGACUCCUUACGCAGGCCAGCUUCGCAAACUUCAACGGACGCUCUCCAGAUCCUUUGAAGUCAUCCUUGGCCGAAUAGACAAGGUCGAGCGUCCGAGCACUUGGCCGGAAGAAGCGGCACCCAAUCUUCAAAGCAAUCAUUCACCGCACCAAAGAGGAGACUCGGAGCAACCAAUGCAGAGAAAGUCCAAACAAGUCCUGAGGAUCGCCACUGUCGACAACUUCCAGGGCGAGGAAGCGAAAGUCGUCAUUAUCUCCUUAGUGCGUAGCAACAUGAUGAAGAGUGUUGGGUUCUUGAAAACGACAAACCGAAUUAAUGUACUGCUCAGUAGAGCUAAAGACGGCAUGUACCUUAUUGGCAAUGCGGAGACUUAUGCUCAUAUUCCAAUGUGGAGCAAAGUCCUCCGUAUGCUUGAAGAGGCAAAUGCAAUCGGACCAGUAUUUAGCCUAUGUUGCCCUCGGCACCAGGACACUGAGAUGUUGGUAUCUCAACCAGAUGAUUUCGAAUUCUACAGCCCAGAUGGGGGAUGCAGAGAAAUGUGUGAUAGGUAA